CAGACAGACGGACACCCCGCAGCCCGAGCGCGCGGCCGCGCUUUCCCCAAAACCGCCUAAAAUCCCCCCAAAAUCCAAGCGAAGGUGGGGUGGGGUGGGGGGGGAAAGCUUAAAUAUUGGGGUGCCCCCCCCCCCCCCCCAGUUAUGGGGCUGUGGCUGCUCUGGUUGUGGGUCCCGCUGGGUUUCGCCGAGGAGGAGACGCUGUUGAACACGCGGUUGGAGACCACCGACCUGAGAUGGACGGUGUACCCGCCGGGGGAAGGGCAGUGGGAGGAGCUGAGCGGGCUGGACGAGGAGCGCCAGGCUUCGGUUCGCACCUUCGAGGUCUGCUCGGGGCUGGGCCCCCCCGGGCCCCCCCAGAACAGUUGGCUGCGUUCCGCGUGGGUCCCCCGCCGCGGCGCCACCCACGUCUACGCCGAGCUGCGCUUCACCCUGCUGGCCUGCGACAGCCUGCCGCGCCCGCGCCCGCGACGACGACGACGACGACGACGACGCGACGGUCCCGACGACGGCCCCGGGAGCCGCGAUGCUCCUGGUGAUGCCCUUGGCGACGGCCCCGGUGACCCUGAUGCCCUUAGCGACGGCCUUGACGACCACGAUGGCGGUCCUGGCAACGGCCCCGGCAACCAUGAUGCCCUUAGCGACGGCCCCGGCGACCCUGAUGCCCUUAGCGACGGCCUUGACAACCAUGACGGCAGUCCUGGCAACGGCCCCGGGAGCCAUGAUGCUCCUGGUGAUGCCCUUGGCGACGACCCCGGUGACCCUGAUGCCCUUAGCGACGGCCUUGACGACCAUGAUGCCCUUAGCAACGGCCUUGACAACCAUGAUGGCGGUCCUGGCAACGGCCCUGGCAACCAUGAUGCCCUUAGCGACGGCCUUGACAACCAUGAUGGCGGUCCUGGCAACAGCCCCGGCAACCAUGAUGCCCUUAGCGACGGCCCUGGCGACCACAGUGCCCUUAGCGAUGACCCCGGUGACCCUGAUGCCCUUAGCAACGGCCUUGACGACCAUGAUGGCGGUCCUGGCAACGGCCCCGGCAACUAUGGUGCCCUUAGCAACCACCCCGGCAACCACGGUGCUCUUGGCAACGGCCCCGGCAACCGUGAUGCUCUUGGUGAUGGUCCUGGCAAUGGCCCCGGCAACUAUGGUUCCCUUAGCAACCGCCCUGGCAACAGUGAUGCUCUGAGCGGUGGUCCUGGCAACCCUGAUGCUCUUGGUGAUGGUCCUGGCAACGGUGAUUCUCCUGGCAACAGCCUCAGCAACGACCCUGGCAACCACCGUGCUCUUAGCAACGGUCUUGGCAACCGCGAUGCUCUUAGCAACGGACCCGGCAACCAUGAUUCUCCUAGCAACGGCCUCAGCAACAGCCCUGGCAACCGGGAUCCCCUUAGCAACAGCCUUGACAACCUCGAUGCCCUUAGCAACAGCCCCAGCAACCGCCACACUCUUAGCAACGGCCUCGGCAACGACCCCAGAAACCACUUCUCCCUUAGCAACGGCCUCGGCAACAACCCCAGAAACCACGAUGCCCCUAGCAACGGCCUUGGCAACGACCCUAGAAACCAUGAUGCCCCUAGCAACGGCCUCGGCAACGACCCCAGAAACCACUUCUCCCUUAGCAACGGCCUCGGCAACGACCCUAGAAACCACGAUGCCCUUAGCAACGGCCUUGGCAAUGACCCUAGCGCCCGUGAUGCUCGUAACAACCGCCCCGCCGCCCCCCGCCCCCGCCGCAGCCCCUCCCCGCCCUCCCCCCGCCCUUGCAAAGAAACCUUCAACGUCUUUUACCACGAAUCCGACGCCGACACCGCCACGGCGCUGACGCCGCCCUGGAUGGAAAACCCUUACAUCAAAGUGGACACCGUAGCGGCCGAACACCUCACGCGUCGCUCGGCAACAACCGGCGGCGGUCGCCCGGCGGGACGGAUCAACCGUAAAACGUUACGGUUGGGUCCUUUGAGCCGCGCCGGUUUUUAUUUGGCUUUCCAAGAUUUAGGCGCCUGCAUGGCGCUGUUAUCCGUCCGACUGUACUUCCACCGUUGUCCCGAGGUGACGACGCGCCUGGCGCGUUUUCCCGCCACCGUCCCGCGGGAAUUGGUUGCGGCGGUGACCGGGCGGUGCCUGGACGGUGCCGUACCCGUGGGUGCCGGGGCGCCCGUCAUGUAUUGCCGGGAGGACGGGCGAUGGGCCGAACCCCCCGCCCAGGGCUGCGUCUGCGGCCCCGGUAGGGAGCCCGACGGGGGGCUGGGGUGUCGCGCCCCCCCCUCGGCCCCCCGCAGCGUCGUGGCUCGUUUGAACGGUUCCGGGGUGCGUUUGGAGUGGAGCACCCCCCGAGACGGGGGGGGUCGCCCCGAUCUGACCUACGCCGUGGGGUGCAGGGCUUGUCCCGAGCGAGCGCCCUGCGUUCCCUGCGCCCGCCUCGUUUUCUCGCCCGGGAACGCGGGGUUACGAGGUCACGGCGUCACCGUCACCGGUCUCCGGCCUUACGUCACCUACACCUUCACCGUCACCGCCCGAAACGGCGUCUCCCACCUCAGCCCCCACCCGCCCCCCGGCGAGGAGGUCAACGUCACCACCACCAAGGACGUGCCGCUCCCGGUGUACGACGUGGUCCGGAUUGGGGGGUCCCCCACGGGGGUGACACUAUCGUGGCCGACCCCCCCUCCAGCCCCCCCCGGGGGCCACGUCCUCGACUACGAGGUCAAGUACUAUGAGAAGGUGGGGGGGGGCGAGGGGCCCCCCAUGUUCCUGAAGGUGCCGGCGCCGCGGGCGGAGCUGGGGGGGCUGCGCCGGGGGGGGCUCUAUGGGGUGAGGGUCCGCGCCCGCUCCGAAGCCGGUUAUGGGGACUUCGGCCCUGAGACCGCCGUCACCACCCAGGGUGCUGAGGGGUCCCGGGGGGAGCACGGGGGGCUCGUGGCGGGGGCUGCGGCCCUGGGGGGGCUCCUGGUGCUGGCGCUGCUGGCGGGGACCCUGCUCUGCUUCAGGCGCCACAGCCACCGGCACAGGGAGGACGCAGAUCGACACGGCCACCACCCCACGGGGCACGGCGGGAAGCUGUACAUCGACCCCCUGACGUACGAGGACCCCGGGGUGGCCCUGAGGGACUUCGCCCAGGAGAUCGACGUCGCCUGCGUCAAGAUCGAGGAGGUCAUCGGGGCAGGGGAGUUCGGGGAGGUGUGCCGGGGCCGGCUGGCGCUGCCGGGGCGCCCCGAGUCUCCGGUGGCGGUGAAGACGCUGAAGGGGGGCGCGGGGGAGCGGCAGCGGCGCGAUUUCCUGGGGGAGGCCGCCCGCAUGGGGCAGUUCGCGCACCCCAACGUGGUGCGGCUGCGGGGGGUGGUGACGGCCAGCGCCCCCGCCAUGAUCCUCACCGAGUUCAUGGAGAACGGAGCCCUCGACGCCUUCCUGCGGGGCCGCGUGGGGACGCUGGGGCCGCUGCAGCUGGUGGCCAUGCUGCGGGGCAUCGCGGCCGGGAUGCGGUACCUGGCCGAGACCGGCUUCGUGCACCGCGACCUGGCUGCCCGCAACAUCCUGGUGGACGCCCAGCUGGUCUGCAAGGUGUCCGACUUCGGGCUGUCCCGCGCCCUGGAGGAGGAGAGCUCGGCCGACCCCACCUACACCAGCUCCCUGGGCGGGAAGAUCCCGAUCCGUUGGACGGCGCCGGAGGCCAUCGCCUUCCGUAAGUUCACCUCGGCCAGCGACGCCUGGAGCUACGGCAUCGUCAUGUGGGAGGUGAUGUCCUUCGGCGAGCGACCCUACUGGGACAUGUCCAACCAGGACGUGAUCAACGCCAUCGAGCAGGACUACCGGCUGCCGCCGCCGCCGCGCUGCCCCACGGCGCUGCACCGCCUGAUGCUGGACUGUUGGCAGCGGGACCGCAACGCCCGGCCGCGCUUCCCCGACAUCGUCAGCGCCCUCGAUCGCCUCAUCCGACACCCCGCCACCCUCCGCGUCACCGCCCCCGACACCCACCGGCCAUCGCCACCCCGGCUGGCGCAGCGCAGCCCCCCCGGCCCCCCCGGCCCCCCCUUCGCCUCGGUGGGCGAGUGGCUCCGCACCCUCCAGCUGGGCCGAUACGAGGAGACCUUCAGCAGCGCCGGCGUCACCAGCCUGGAGCUGCUGCCGCGGCUGCGCAGCGAGGACCUGCUGCGUAUGGGGGUGACGUUGGCCGGGCAUCAGCAGCGGAUCCUCGACAGCGCCCAGAGCCUGCAGAGCCCCCCCAAAGGGGACCCCCACUUCUGAGCCCCGCCCACGCCGCAGCCCCGCCCACGCCAAGAUGGCCGCCGGGGCGCCACGGACCCGUUGCGAGGGGCUCGGCCCUGGUUGAGUCACCAAGAUGGCCGCCGCGCCAAGAUGGCCACCACAAGAUGGCCGCCACG